AUGAUGAAGAUGAACCGUGUGAUGUGUGUGUUGGCCGUUCUGCUGUGCAUCGCCUGCGGGUAUGCCAUGGCGGCUUCUGCUGCGGACGUUAAAGGAAAUGAGAAGAACCUUGCGGUCAGAGAAAAUCCAGACUUACAAGAUCCAGGACAUGAGGGGCCUGUGGGGGAUGAAAGCGUUGUGCCAGGGCCAGACACAGGAAUAGAAAACCCAGAUGAACUCCCAGGUAAUACAGAACCAGAGGAUCAACACCCAGACACGGAAGUAGGAGGUCCAGGUGGUGAAACUCCAGAACAAGGUAGUCCUGAGGAUGGUGAAGAGGAUAAUGAUGAUGAAGAUCAAGAAACAUUACCAAAACCAGAUGCGCCUGGCGCAGGUGGUGAUGGUCCAACUGAUGAGGAUGAAGAAAAAGAAGACCAAGAGGGAGAUGCAACUGGCCCUCAGAAACCUCCCGCAGAAAAACCAGAAGAAAACGACCCACAACCUCCUGCAGGAGAUCAAGAAACCCCCAGCGAGAAACCAUCAACACAAGAACCCACUUCCACUAAUGCACCAAGCAACNAAAUGAGAAGAACCCUUCGGUCAGAGAUGAUACACUACACGAGGGAGGGGCAAGCGGUGUGCCAGGGCAAGGUGAUCAGUCACAGAAUGACCCACCAAAAGAUCCACAAGAACCAGAGGAGGAGGAAGGAGAAGAUGAGGAUGAAGAUGACACAUUAA